AUGUUGCAUGUAUCCAGAGGUUUACGCCGACUUAAGCGUUAUGGAUUAUCCCAUAAAGUAUUACUUGAGAGCGCAGCUAUUUCCAGAAUGGUACAUGGGGGCAGCAGGCCUAUAAACGAUGCACUACAGCAACUUCGAGAUAUCGCCGUGACUUCAAAUGAACCGGGUCCAGAGCUUUAUAAGGAUGCAGUGAAAAUAUACAAUCCUGCGUACAGCGACGAACAUCCUGCUUUUGUUGCCUUACCCAAAAACACCGAAGACAUCAAGCGCUGUCUCCAAGUUGCAAACAAGACUGGCGUUCCCGUGGUUGUUAAAUCCGGGGGCCAUUGCUUUGCUGGUUAUUCAAGCACUGACAGUAAUGGGUUUGUUAUAUAUCUUAAGAACAUGAAUGAGGUUCACCUUAAAGGAAAUACUGUCACCGUCCAGGCUGGUGCGAGCUGGGGGGAUGUGUAUUGUGCUCUGGAUGACACUGGCUAUGUGGCUGUAGGAGGAUGUGUUCCAGCAGUAGGUAUCGGCGGCUACAUCCUUGGUGGCGGGUACAGCAUGUUGUCACGAGCAUAUGGCGGGCUGGCAUGUGACAAGGCAAUGUCAUUUACCAUGGUUACAGCUGACGGAGGCAAGGUUGUGACAGCUUCUCCGAAAGAAAACGAGGAUCUCUUUUGGGCUUUGAAAGGGGGCGGGGGCGGCAAUUUUGGAAUCUUGGUUGAUGUUAUAAGUUUAGAAGUGUGUGCACGACCAAAUAAGUUUAUCUGGACUCGUCUCAUAUAUGAUACAACUGAUCAAAGCAAGAAAGGUCUUGAUUCUGUUGGUAAAAAUUUACACAAGUUACCAAAAGAACUCAACCUUGACAUGGCACUUCAUGGGUACUUUGGGAAAAAAGUGCUUACUUUGGAUGCCGUAUACUCAGAUGUUCAUGAAGCCAAAGUGCUAUCAAGCCUUGAAAAUCUCCAUCCACCUGUUCCCAAAAAACCUCAGAAAUUUACAUCUUACCUACAGUUUACUAAAGAAUACAGCAAACGACAUGGUUUUGUACACCAGGAAGUAGAACCCAUUUAUGUCAAAGGAGUUAUGAUUGACACCUUACCACCAUCCUUGGCCAAGUAUUUUGCUGACCUUGACAUACCAAAAGAAUGCCUUCUUGAGUUUGUACACAUGGUUGGUGAUAUCUCGCAGCAUUCUGCCACAUCAACUGCUUUUGCCUACCGCUCUGCUCAAUACAGUUUUUACACAUAUGGCAGGUUUCAUGACCCAAAACAGAGAGAUGAAGUCUCAAAAUUUGCUACCUCAACAUAUAAUGCUGUUCACGAGUCAGGAUGUGCUCUUGGCAGUUAUGUUAACUAUAUGGACCACAGCCUUAAAAACUGGGCUGAAAAUUACUAUGGAGUGAAUUAUCCUCGCCUUUGUGAAGUGAAGAGAAAAUGGAAUCCCGUAGGGCAAGGAUCCCUUCAUUUUCAGCAGGAAAUUGGUUCACCUUGGGAGCCUUAGUUUUUCAC